CCGGACGGCCUCUGGGACUCGCUGAGUCGCGGGCUGGCUGCGGGCGGGCGGGCGGCGCGAGCGCUCGGGCCGCGGGCCGCGUGGACACCUGCCGUCCCGGGAAGCAGACUCCCACCGGAAGUCCUUCUGUGGCUCAAAAGCUCAGAAUGGGAGGCCAGCCCCUCCCCCGCCCGCUGUGAUCCGCCUGGCCCAGCUUCUGUGGGGAUGCCUGUGAACCACCAGAAACCCGGCUCCUCAGACAUGGACGCCGACAUGUCACCCAGCUGCAGACCCAGAGACGAGAGCGGCGGCGGUAGCACUGUGGGGAGCCGCAGCCGUGCUCAAUCCAGAACGUUCUCUCUGGAUGACGACGAGAGCCUGAAGUACCUCACCCACGAGGAGAAGGACGUCAUCCUGUUCUUUGAGGAGACUCUCGAUUCCCUGGCAGACGACUUGGAGGAGACAGCGCUGGGCGAUGGGGGCGUCCGCUGCCCUUCCCCACACACUCCCGCCGAGAGCCCCGCCAGUCCCUGGGAGCCGGGAGAGGUCAUCGACCUCGUGCAGCCAGGACCCAGAGCCGGCGAAGGCCAGCGCCUCCCAGACGCACUCCACACAGCAGGGACAGAGCCUGCAGGCAAGGAGCAUGUCCCUGACCUUAACGGCGGGAAACAAGACGCUGAGCCUCCCCCAGCGUCAGAGUCCAGGGACCCCGAACCCCCCGCUCAGCCCCCGGCCCUGCCCAGCGUCCUGGAGCCAGCACCCCCCAGGAAGGAGCUGCUCGGCCCCGCUCCUCCCUCCGAGCACCCAAAGCUGCCUCGAUCCAUCCCCACACCCCUCGUGAUUGCCCAGAAAAUGUCCGAGAAGCUGGCAGGAAGUGAGGCCCUCUCUCCCGCGUCCCCCUGGAAGGAAGGCAGGCCUGCAGACUGGAGGACCCUGGCAUGCGCGGCCCCUCGGAACGGGGACCACCCCCUGUGGCACAGACACCCGGCCCCGCCGGCCCCCAAGACCCCCCGCUUCCCCAGCAACAUCAGCGUGACCAUCAGCUCGGGGAAGGACUUCAACAAGACCAUCUCCAAGGCCGCGGUCAACGUGCAGGAGCGCAAGGCCCAGGUCCUGGCCAACAUCAACGGCGUCUCGUACGCGGGGGAGGGCCGGGCCCCGCGCGGCGACGCCCCGGAGCCCGGCAGGCCCGGCCCGGCCGGCGGGCAGCAGUCCCGGGCCGUGCAGACCGAGCUGGCCAACGGCUUCCCGAGCAUCCACGAGGCGCUGAAAAGCGAGCCCAGCGCCUUCGUCCCCACGGGGAAGACCAUCACCUUCCGGCCCGACCCGGCCCUGGCCGGCAAGCUGGCCCGCCAGGGCGCCAGCCGGAGCCUGUACGAGCCCCAGCCCCCGGACUGCGACCCCCGGGCCCGGAGGCGCGCGGGCUCGCUCCCCCGGGCGGCGGGCUUCCGGCCCCAGGGCGUCACCGUGCAGUUCUCCGGGCGGGGCUCCAGCGAGGAGGCGCGGCGGGAGGCGCUGCGCAAGCUGGGGCUGCUCAAGGAAAACCUGUGA